UUCUCUACAUCCAAUGAUUUUCUUCAUUCUCCAAAGUUAAGGCCCUCUCAAGGAGUACCAGUCAGUGAUGAGUUAUUUUUUAGUAGAAAAAGAGCUUCAAGGAAUUUAUUUCAGAAUAGUAUAGAUUUUAACUCUGAGCAUUCUUCUGUCUGUGCAGGUGCUAUGGGCUCUCAUCAGCCGCAGAUUUCAGGGAAAUGUGGAACACUUGGAUACACACAGACACGUGGGAGGAGCAGUAGUGUGGACUCAGAUUUACAGUUUUUAGGAUUAAAUAACUGUCAGCAAGAAAAAGUUUGUGCCAGCCUAAAUUUUUCCAGCAAGAGAAGCUUUUGCAAUCGAGCAGAGCACACGGUGUCCUUGCAAGGCCCUGCCACAAGCCAGGGCGCCUUCAUUCUGCCAUCUUACCCGCUGUCGUCACCCAGGAGCAGCCCGAAGCACGUCUCCCCUCCAGCUGACUCUCCAAAGAAGUCACAAGAUACUACCAUGAACCUCUCAAACUCCUGGCCUCUUAAGAGCUUUGAAGGCCUGCCGAAGCCUAGUUCACAGAAGCAGCUCCUCGGUCAAAAGUCAGGAGACAAUACAGGUAGGAAUGUCGUCCGUAUGAUGAAGAGAGGGGAGAAUUUGCAGGAGAAACAUUCCCCUCUCCAGCUGAAACCCGCCCUGAUGAGACACCCAGCCUCCUGCAGGGGCCUGAACGGGACCAGACCCGUCCCCCCCAUACCCCGCCUCGCUAGCCCGCUGCCCGAUAAGGUGGAAUUAAGUGUGACCAAGUGGAGAAACGAGGAGUGCGAGGACACGUGGCUGAACGAAGUGGAGAGGAAGCUUGCAGCUGAUCUUGCAGAGCUAAAUGUUGAUGAUGAGGAGGAAGUGGACCAAGAAGAGAUGCAGAAUUCCCUUAGAUCUCUACGGAACAGUGCAGCUAAGAAGAGGGCAAAGCUAAGCAGCAACAUUUCAGAUCUUGAGAGUCCCGAUUCUGCUCUGAAACUGGAUCUGUCCGGGGACUCCCCCUCCCACGCUUCCUCCCCCAGCACGGGCUCCUACGGUGAAAGCGGCAUUUACAGCCAGGAGUCUCUGACCUCACCCGUGUCCACAGGCCCCCAGCGAAGGAGAGCAAAGUCAGACACCUUCCCACUACUUGGCAGCAAAUCACAGCCUGCAAGAGGGUCUUCAGCAAGAAACAGAGACCCAGAGGUGGCAGAACAUAACUCCAGCACAGAGUCACUGUCUGGUUUUCCGCAGAUGAGCAGUCUGGAUUUCAUUUCACCAGGGGUCCUGUCUGAAGAUGCAGUUGUAAUUGUUGGUAAAGGUGUUUUUGGAAGCGCCCCCGCAGGAGCGGACAGCCCGUCCCUGGCACACAUAGCGAACGGAGGUGACCGCGCUGUCAGAGAGGAGACUGAGCCUUCGUCAGGGGUCUGUGGGAGAAGCACCCAGCAGAGCAGCGCUUCUCCUUUCCACGUUGAAAAAGAGAGAGAGACAAAAGUUACCAUGUCCAAAUCUGCCCAGGAUAAGAUGAGGCGGAAGAAAAAAGAAGAAAAAGAACACGAUCAUAAAGAACAUCAAGAAGUCAAAGGCAUCCAAGGAAAGGAAGAAAACCCUUGGGAAAGACUUAAACUGAACGAAGAGAAAAUGACAGCAGAAAAUGAAAUUCCUCUUGGAGCACGAGGACGCAGUAAAGACCAGACUCCAUCGGUCACUCAUAGCCCAGAAAUAAUGGACCCGUCAGAACUGCAGCCCUUUUCCAAACCAGAGGCGGCACUGACGGAAGCCUUGACACUUCUAGCUGAUGAUGACUGGGAGAAGAAAAUCGAAGGUCUGAACUUUGUUAGAAGUUUGUCUGCCUACCACGCAACUGUUCUGACUGCAAAGCUACAUGAGACAAGUUUGGCUGUGGCUCAAGAGGUCAAGAAUUUACGCUCAGGUGUUUCUCGAGCUGCUGUGGUCUGUUUAGGGGAUUUGUUCACCUACCUGAAAAAGAGCAUGGAUCAAGAACUAGAUAAUACAGUAAAAGUCCUUUUGCACAAAGCUGGUGAAUCCAACACAUUUAUAAGGGAAGAGGUAGACAAAGCACUGAAGGCUAUGGUUAAUAAUGUGACUCCAGCACGUGCACUUUGUUCUCUUAUAAAUGGAGGGCAAAGGUAUUACGGUCGAAAGAUGCUCUUCAAUAUGAUGGGUCAUCCUGAUUUUGAUAAAAUGCUUGAGAAGUACGUGCCAACCAAGGAUUUGCCUUACAUUAAGGAAUCUGUUAGCCAUCUGCGUGAAAAGGGUUUGGGGGAGAUGCCGUUGGAUACACCCUCAGCAAAAGGAAGACGUUCCCAUACUGGUAAUGUCGGACACUCGAGGUCAUCGUCCACUUCCAGAGAUGCUCUCAACAUCACGGACAGAGAGACUACAGAAGGCCGUGAGGUAACAAGAAAAGCAGCUCCUCGGAAUACACUGGAAAGCGAAGAGCACGUUAAAGACAUGAUAGCUUCGUUGAACGCCAAAGACUUCCGUGAUCGAAUAAACGGCAUUAAGCAGCUGCUGUCAGAGGCAGAGAACAACCAAGGCUUUGUUGUGGCAAACAUCGUGAAGAUCUUCGAUGCUUUCAAGUCUCGCUUACACGACUCAAACAGCAAAGUAAAUCAGGUUGCUUUGGAGACAAUGCACAAGCUGAUUCCGUUGCUGAAAGACAAUUUGUCACCCGUCAUCAACAUGUUAAUUCCCGCCAUGGUGGACAACAACCUGAACUCCAAAAACCCAGGGAUUUAUGCAGCUGCCACAAACGUUAUUCAGGCUCUGUGUCAGCACUUAGACAACUCUCUGCUCCUCCAGCCGUUCUGCACAAAAGCCCAGUUCCUGAGCGGAAAAGCGAAACAAGACAUGACGGAAAAGCUCGCGGGUAAAGUCGUGUGCUACUUCGCCCGUUUGGGGUCUCGUUCUCGUGUUAAGGCUCUCGGGGAGGAGGCCGGCUGGCCGGCAAGGCGAGCCGCCCUCGCCACGCAGGGGGCAGACUUCGGGAUGGUCUUCUUCCUGAACUGGUGCCGCAAGC